AUGACUAACCAGGUCUUUGACUACCUUGGUGUUUCAGAUCCAGUAGGUUGGCUUAUCAUUAUCCUCAUUCUCGUACACAUCAUCAUUGGUGUGGGUAUCUUUAUUUAUGUUGGAAAUCAAGAUGCUAAAUUCCGCAACCGCAGGAAAUACCAGAAACUUGAGUAA